AGUAUUGGUGCGUCGUCCAGAAACAUACAUCUCUUUUCCAUAAAAUAAAUGUGUGCUUUUUCCAACUAGUUUUUAUUGUGAAGGCAGAUGUCACUGUUGCAUGGGAAAACAGAAUCCUACUAAUUACUUAAUUAUUGCUUAAUAAUUACUUCACUUUUGUUUUGAGGCGACCUCGGCCUCGGACAGAGCGGGGCACCUGGCUCACGUCCGGGAGGCAGCCCGGUUCCAAAUCGAAUGCAAUCAACUUUCAGCCGGUGCAAAACACGCUUCAACGGCCGCACUGGCGAGAUUAAUCGAACCCCUCACUCUCCCCCGCGCUUUUAACAACAUGUUGUGAUGGUGGUAGGAUGCUAAGCUAGCUACUCUUAUUAAGUAAGGGUGUCCCAUUUAAGCAGCUAUUUGUGUUACUUCUGAUAAUAUUCACCACCUGAAUCAAAGCUAACAGUAUGUCCGGGGUGAUUCGGAGACUCGAUGAGACCGUUGUUAAUCGGAUUGCUGCUGGAGAAGUUAUCCAACGUCCUGCAAAUGCUAUCAAAGAAUUGCUUGAAAACUGUCUAGAUGCCAAGUCCACCAACAUACAGGUGACUGUGAAGGAGGGGGGUCUGAAACUUAUCCAGAUACAAGACAAUGGCACUGGCAUCAGGAAAGAAGAUAUGGAAAUAGUAUGUGAACGGUUUACAACAAGCAAGCUCCAGACUUUUGAGGACCUCAACGCCAUCUCAACCUAUGGUUUCCGAGGAGAGGCACUUGCCAGUAUAAGCCAUGUUGCCCAUGUGACCAUAACAACCAAAACGGCUGACGCCAAGUGUGCUUACAGAGCCACCUACUGCGAUGGGAAACUAAAGACCCAACCCAAACCCUGCGCUGGAAACCAGGGGACACAGAUCACUGCGGAGGAUCUGUUUUAUAACGUGUCCACCAGGAGGAAAGCACUGAAGAGCCCCAGUGAGGAGUACUCCAGGAUUGUGGAGGUGGUGAGCAGGUAUGCCAUACACAACUCUGGGAAAAGCUUUGCUGUCAAAAAGCAAGGCGAGACCAUGGCAGACGUCAGGACCCUACCCAACGCCUCCAUACUGGAUAAUAUCCGUGUGGUGUUCGGCAAUACAGUCAGCAGGGAGCUGAUUGAAGUGGGCUGUGAGGAUCAGAAGCUUGCCUAUAAGCUGAAGGGCCACAUCUCCAACGCCAACUACUCAGUGAAGAAGUGCAUCCUCAUCCUCUUCAUCAAUCAUCGUCUGGUUGAAUCGAGUGCCUUAAAAAAAGCCAUUGAGACCGUUUAUGCUGCAUACCUUCCCAAGAACUCUCACCCAUUUCUAUAUCUCAGCCUGGAGAUUGCCCCUCAUAACAUCGACGUGAAUGUCCACCCUACCAAACACGAGGUGCACUUCCUCCACGAAGACUGUAUCAUCGAGAGCGUUCAAAAACAGAUAGAGAGCAAACUCCUGGGCUCCAACUCCUCACGCACGUACUUCACACAGACAUUGCUGCCUGGGCUGUCUGUCUCCACCAGCGAGGGGAAGUCUUCCUCCAACUCCACAGGGGACAGUGAGCGGGUCUACGCCCAUCAGAUGGUCAGGACCGACAGUAGAGCCCAAAAGCUGGACGCCUUUCUCCAGCCGGCGUCCAAGCUGGCCCCUACUCCCACCGCCAACCCUAAUGGGCAGAGCAGGGGGGAACCUGUGACCACCAAUGACAUGGAAGAGAUGGACAACGCAGAGAUCCUGGAGGAACAGGCGCCAGGUGCCACAGAGGAUGGGGAGGGAACCAGCCGAAAUACCCCAGCUGAUCUCCCCAGGAAGCGUCCCCGUGCCGGUCAGGACGAGGAGCAGGAGGACCUGACUGCUGCAGCCACAACCAGGAGACGAGCCAUCAAGCUGAGCAGUGUGAAGGAGCUGAGAGAUGACAUCGCUGAGCACGCACACAAAGGUCUUCAAGAGAUGCUUCAGAAUCACUCGUUUGUGGGCUGUGUCAACCCCCAGUGGACUCUGAUCCAGCACCAUACCAAACUGUACCUUCUCAACACCACCAAACUCAGCCAGGAGCUAUUCUACCAAAUUUUGAUCUACGACUUCGGUAACUUUGGCAUCUUGAGGUUAUCUGAGCCUGCGCCACUCUAUGACCUGGCCAUGCUGGCUCUGGACUCCGAGGAGAGCGGCUGGUCGGAGGAGGACGGGCCCAAGGAGGGUCUGGCCCAAUACAUAGUCGACUUCUUGAAGAAGAAAUCUGAGAUGCUGGAGGACUACUUCUCCAUGGAGAUCGACCAGGAAGGAAAUCUCACCGGUUUGCCAUUGCUGCUUGACAAGUACACCCCUCCUAUGGAGGGUCUGCCCAUGUUCAUCCUACGUUUGGCUACUGAGGUGAACUGGGACAAUGAGAAGGACUGCUUCAGAGACUUCAGCAAGGAGUGCAGCCAGUUCUACUCUAUCAGGAAACAGUAUGUCCUGGAGCCGGGAGAGGAGGAGCAGGAUGCAGAGCUGAACUCGUGGCGUUGGAAGGUGGAGCAUCUCCUGUUUAAAUCCUUCCGGAGCCUCUUCAGUCCCCCUAAACACUUCAGUGAGGAUGGCAGCGUACUCCAGAUUGCUAAUCUACCAGACCUCUACAAAGUAUUUGAGCGAUGCUAAGACAUGAGAAACACAGUCCAUGGGCUGCAUGUCUGUUUCGGGAAACCAUUUGAUAUACAGUUUAAGUCGGAAAUUUACAUACACCUUAGCCAAAUACAUUUAAACUGUUUUUCACAGUUCCUGACGUUUAAUCCUAGUAAAAAUCCCUGUUUUAGGUCAGUUAGGAUUAC